GAGCCGUUUGCCUUAUUGCCAAAUGCCCUCCGACCACAUUUUAAAUGUUGAUGACCGCUUUCAAAGUUUUUUGUACUGCUGCUUGCUACCAGGCUCUCAGGGGUCCCUUGCUACUCUAAAUGUUGAGUACGGGAACACACAGGGACAUUCUGGAAUUGUGAAUAAGGAAGGACAAGUAGGCUGUGACUGAGGACCGGAGAGUCUGCGCACUGAGUAAAGUGUGGAAGUAUGAUAGUUGCUUAGGAGUCCUUUCUGCCCCACCGAGACCCCGAACAUUGCUGCAGUUCACUCCAGAUAAGUGGUCGCCGCACAUCAGUCCAAGAUUACUCCUUGUCUCUUCCACUGGAGAAGUCCACCGAAGAUUACCAUGCAGACGGUUCCCAGUAACAGGAGACUGUUGGAAUAUUUAAGAUGAAGGCAGCAUAGCUGGUGAAAAACAGUCUUGGUAUUGGAAAAAUCAGGUUGGGAAUCCUGGUGUCCCCAUUUUCUAGCUGCACGAUCGAUCCAUCAAUCGAUAGAUCUGGGGACAGGCCAGCCACCUACCUCUCUGAGCCUUUGGGUCAUGAGGAUGAAAGGGGAGAAUGCAGGAAGGUGCUUAGUGCAGCACCUGGCAACCAACUGGGGGGUGGGGGGGAAGGAGCCAGGAAGUCGGAAGGUCUGUUUGGGUGCUUGCAGUGUCAGGAAGAAAAGAGAAGAGCUGGAGCCUGAAGGGAAAGGGACCCAGGCAGAAAAAGGGCAGUAAAGCCAUCCUGGCUCCCCCCAUGGAGAUAGACAUCGUCCUGUGGCCCGGAGGGCUGGUGGUGCCCCAGAGAGCAGAGAGAGCGGGGGCUGGCACUCGGGAUUGGGAAAUUCUAGAAGGUUUAGCUCGAUCUCCCCCUUUUGUCCUGCUCCUAUUAACAGUAGGCUGGUGGGCCUGGCAGGGCAGGAGCAAAGGGGAGGCAGUCCGCACAUGGUUUGCACCCGCCUGACCCUGUGAGAACAGGGCAGAGCCCCCAUCCGCCUGGGGGCCAAGGUGGGGAAUGGCUACUGUGGCAGUCUUCGCCCAGAAGGGGCUGCUGUGGUGGGAACGAGAGGGUGAUGGGGAAGCCUGGUGCCAGGAUGACCGUGAAUCUCUUAGUUUCUGCGUCGAGGCCCCCCGUGUAGCCACGGAGCACCCACUCGGAGCUGGACACUGGGCUCCGAGGCAGGGAGUCCACAGACAAAUGACGCACAGCCCUGGCUCCUGGAGGAAGACCUCCAGUCCCGGGGGCCUCGCCUCCGGCCAUCCUCAGCUUCCUUACUCACUGACCCCUCACCCGACUGCUCUGAACCCCUGUCUCUUUUGCCCCUCUGACUUCCUUCUGGUCUCUGGUCGGGUCUUAACCAGACUCCGCAGUGUGUAUGCUCCCAGAGGGAAGCGACACAAAGGAAAGGGGGGGCAGAAAGGAGGGAAUCCCGCUGACAUCACUGCUCAUUAGCAUGUGUGACCUCAUCAGGGGGCGGGACAAUUUCCCCAGGUGUGGGGGGGGGAGGGCACGGGGGUGGUAUUUAAGGGAAAAGCUGACAGUGCUGCUGAGUGAGGGAGUGGGUACUGCAAGCCGCGGGGCUGCACACGCGCACCGAUGCACACGGACCUCGACACCGACAUGGACACGGACACAGAAACCACAGCACUCUGCCCCUCCGGCAGCCACCAGGCCUCCCCCCCGGGGACACCCACACCAGAAACAGAUGCCUCACUGCUGAAGAAGCCAGAGAAGCUGUUGGCAGGGUUGGACCGGGGUGGGCCACCCCCUGCCCCAGGGGCCCCCAGACGAAGAGGCAGUAUGCCUGUCCCCUACAAGCACCAGCUGCGGCGCGCCCAGGCCAUAGAUGAACUUGACUGGCCACCUCAAGCCUCAUCCUCUGGUUCCUCUGACUCCUUGGGCUCAGGGGAGGCAGGCCCCACCCAAAAGGAUGGCAUCUUCAAGGUCAUGCUGGUAGGGGAGAGCGGCGUGGGCAAGAGCACCCUAGCGGGCACUUUCGGUGGUCUCCAGGGAGACAGUGCUCAUGAGCCGGAGAACCCAGAGGACACCUAUGAAAGACGCAUCACGGUGGAUAAGGAGGAAGUGACUCUAGUUGUUUAUGACAUCUGGGAACAGGGGGACGCAGGGGGGUGGCUGCGGGACCACUGCCUUCAGACCGGGGAUGCCUUUCUCAUCGUCUUCUCAGUCACCGACCGACGAAGCUUCUCCAAAGUUCCAGAGACUCUGCUUCGGCUGCGGGCUGGGAGGCCCCACCACGACCUCCCUGUCAUCCUCGUUGGAAACAAGAGCGACCUGGCCCGCUCCCGGGAGGUCUCCCUGGAGGAGGGCCGCCACCUGGCAGGGACGCUGAGCUGCAAGCACAUCGAGACGUCGGCCGCGCUGCACCACAACACGCGGGAGCUCUUCGAGGGCGCGGUGCGCCAGAUCCGGCUGCGGCGGGGCCGGGGCCGCGCCGGGGGUCCGCGGCCCGAGUGGGGCUGCCCCGACGGCCCCCCGCCCGCGCGCCGCGAGAGCCUCACCAAGAAGGCCAAGCGCUUCCUGGCCAACCUGAGUAAGCUGGAGGCUACAGUUAGCACCCAGAGCUACACCCAGCUGGUUUCAGGUGGGGCCCACAUCCACCAGGGAGGCCCAUCAGCUGGGGAGUGA